CGAGCUACAUAUCAUAGCCCCAAGCCCCCAAGCUCCCAAGCUACACAGCCACCUUGUAGCACAGCCACGAGCCACGCUUGCAAAUCUUACAUGGGGGCCUGGACCCGGGGACGACGCAGCAAAAGUCGCCACUGUGUCUUGGAGUUUUACCGGUACAGCUACGAGUGCACUUACUUGCUCUGCGCGUACGGCCCAUAGCGAUACUGUGAUCGAUACGGUGGUUCCAUUUUCGGUGGUGGUUCCACUGUAGAAUGGAGAACACUUCCCUGUAAGUUUACCUCAAUGUGAUAUUGAAUCCCACAACAUUCGUAACCACUGAGGUCAUGGUGCAGUUAAAAUGUUCAAAUGUGUAUCGGUACUGUACUGUAGCUGAGUAGUUUUACUUGAUGAUAGCGCGGAUGCCUUUCGAAAGAGGGCUGAGGAGCACGAUGACUUAGACACCUUUAGUGUUGUGGCUGAGAGAAGAGAUUUACACGGACCAAAAUGCACGAUAACGCAACAAAACAUCAAAACAUCCUUGUGGCUGAGCUAUCAAUGCAUCCACAGCCUCGCGAAGCCAUCGAUCACCCAAGAUCUUCCUUGCCAUCAUCUUCUUCAUAAAAUUCAAAUCCUAAAAAUUCGAAAACACCAACCUCGAAAAAUACGCGCUCAACUACAAAACUCUAUCUAGCAAACAUGAAGAUCUCUGGUUUCCUCCUUUCCGUCGCAAUGGCCGCUCCUGCCGUGCUGUCAUUUUCAACCAACACUCUUGCUGCUCGGAAAUUGUCGCCUUCUCCUUUGUCUGCAUCCUUUGCUGGAGGAUGACUUUGGUGUGAACCCAUUCAAGAAGUUGCUUAUGGAGAAGGAAGAAACGACAAACCGUUGGGAUCGCCUGGAAUCCCUCGCUGCUGCUAUCCAAGAGGCGAAUCCAAACAAGGGUGGUAUGAUCAGCUUGCAAGCUUUGAAGGCAGAAGACCCAGAAAUUGUGGAGGAGUUGCAGGCGACCGGUGUCCAAUUCACCACACCCAAAACCAUGCAGGAAGUGAUUGUCGGUUACCUCACACACGGAGCCGGUUGGUUUAUCACUUCUGUGUUUGCAUUCACUUGCCUUUUCCGACUCUUUCUUUGCGGCACUCCUCUCGGCUUUGCCGAUUUGAUCGCGAUUCCAACUGCCCGCUUGAUGUGGGAAGUGCAAGAGUGGGCCGUCCACUCCCGUUGGUUUCAUGGGGAAGGAGACGGCCGUGCCAUGGACUUUUUCAAGAGCCACGAUCGUCACCAUGACCUUCCCUACUACCAUCUUUCUGUCGAGUCCCUGCGAAUUAGCGCGGUUUGGUUUCACGUUGUUCUGGGCAUUUCAUUCGGUGCUGUGGCUCUUGGCGCCCCUGCUGCCAUUGUGACAACCUGCUUUGCAACGUAUCAAGCCAGUGCCUUGGUCUAUUCCUUUCUGCAUGCUGUUUGCCACUCGCACGUUCCUGUGACGGGAUACCUAAAGGAAUGCAAGGAGAACCACAUCAAGCAUCACGUUUCUCCUACUCACCACCUCAACAUGGGACCCAACCGUAUUGAUCAGCUCAUGGGCACCGACUCCUAUGAAGCACGCAACCGCAUGCAAGGGGUCAUCGAGUAAUUGCGAGGGAGUCAUUAUUGCGACGGAGUAAAUAUCUAUGUGUAUCUCAAACCACCAAAUCAAACCAAAGAAGUAUCAUUACAAAUUUCAUAUGAUCUAAUAAAUAUAAAGCACACACACAAUCAUUUCU